AUGAGUGUCAUCUCUUCAGCCUACCUGGACCUACUUGGUCUCACUUUUUUGGCCUCCCUGGACCCCUCCAGUGCCAAGACUUUAGCCUCCUUGGAACUCUUUAAAAUCCCCUUUUCAGAUUCACUGGAUUUAUCCAGUCUGAGCUCUUCAUCCUCUGUGGAAUUCUCCAGUCUCACGUCUUCAUCCUCUCUGGACCUUUCAAGCCUCACAUCUUCAUUCUCCUCAGACUUCUCCAGUAGCUCCUCUUCGAUUUCCUUAGAGCUCUCCAGCCUCACCUCUUCAGAUUCCUGGGAGCGCUCCAGUUUCUCCUCUUCAGUUUCACUGGACCUAUCAAGUCUCACUUCAUCAGGCUCUGUGGAUCAGUCUGGCGACAGUUCUUCAAUCUCUUUAGACCUCUCAAGUGUCACCUCCCUAUCCACAGAUUUCUCCAGCCCCACUUCUUCACUCUCUCUAGACCUGUCCAGCCUCACUUCUUCGUCCUCCACAGAUGUUUCCCUGGACUUUUCCUGUACAAUCCCUCCAUCCUCACCAGGUGUCUCCGAGUACAGCUCCUCCACCUCGUCGGAAUCUCUAGACCUCACCGAUCUUAACUAUUUCAUGUUUCAGCGCUCCUCUGGAUUGUCUUCUUCCACUCCUGAGGAUGUUCCCAAUCUCAUCUCUGCACCUUUUCUGGAUGUCUCCAAUCUCACCUUUCAGGAUGCUGCUUCCCUCCCUCCUCCAGUUUCUCUGGACAUGUCUAACCUCACGUCCUUAGUGCCCCCAGACCUGUCCACGCUGACAUUUCUGGAUGUUGCUAAUCGCCCCGCGGCAGCUUCUCUCGAUCUCUGUAUCUGA